AUGGGGUUUGAGGGGAAUAUAUCUGAAGGUGAUGGAGAUAGCUCUGAGGGGUUGGAUAGUCUUCAUGGUUCAUCAGAUGACAAUGAGGUAGAUAGAGGAAAAUUUCCAGUAAAGUGUAGGAAAAGAUAUAGUGGAUGGAGGGAGUUCAAGAAGGAGGACAUGAAGACCCUAAAAUUUGAGUUAAUGAUGGAGUUCCCUAACUCUGAAGUUCUUAAGCAUGCUAUUAGGAAGCAUGGUGUGGUGGCUAAAUGCAUUACAUCAGAAGGUUGUCCUUGGAGGAUAUAUGCAUCUACAUCUAAAAAGUCUUUGAGUCCUACUAUCUAUAUUAGGACGCUGAGGCAAGAGCAUAAGUGUGCUUCUUUUAAGAAAAAAGUGUAUCAUAUGCAUGCUCCAUUCAUUGCAAAAGAGUACGCUGAUUUUUUCAUGAAUGAUCCCAACUGGUCUAGAGAAGGCAUGCAGAAUAGCAUUCACAAGGAUUUUGAAAUGGAUGUGGACUAUCAAAUGUGUUACCGAGCCAAGACUAAGGCACUGAAGAUAGCACAUGGUAGCUAUGAAGACCAAUAUAAUCUGCUGGAGAGUUAUGCACAUGAGUUGAAGAAAAGGAAUCCGGGAACUUCUGUUUGGAUCCACAAUGAGUUGCAGGGAGAUGUCACAAGGUUUAAAAGGAUAUAUGUGUGUAUAGCUGCACUGAAAAAGGGAUGGAAGGAUGGAUGCAGACCCUACAUCGGAUUAGAUGGAUGCCAUUUGAAGUCGGUACAUAAGGGGCAGAUGUUAUCUGCUGUGGGUAUUGAUGAUAAUAAUGGAAUCUAUCCGGUUGCAUGGGCUAUUGUGGAAAGUGAAACAAGGGAGACAUGGACUUGGUUUUUGGAGUUUCUUAAGGUUGAUUUGGAUAUCCAUCACUCAACCCAUUACACAUUCAUGAGUGACAAGCAAAAGGGGCUUGAGCAAGCUAUCAAGGGGUUGUUUCCAGAGGCUACACAUAGGCAUUGUACCUUUUUUGCUAUGACUAUUAUUAUAUAUUUAAGGGAUGUUGAUUUUAAUGACGAUUAG